AUGGAGGCCGGCAUGAACCUCCUGCACGACACGGGCAUCCAGGCGACACAGUGGCUGCAGGAGCACUUCCAUGGCUCCCAGGACUGGUUCCUCUUCAUCUCCUUCGCCGCCGACCUCAGGAACGCUUUCUUCGUCCUCUUCCCUAUCUGGUUCCACUUCAGCGAGUCAGUGGGCAUCAGGCUCAUCUGGGUGGCCGUGAUCGGUGACUGGCUCAACCUCGUCUUCAAGUGGAUCCUCUUUGGGGAGAGACCAUACUGGUGGGUCCACGAGACGGACUAUUACAGCAACACCUCCGCCCCAGAGAUCCAGCAGUUCCCACUCACCUGCGAGACUGGCCCCGGGAGCCCCUCCGGCCACGCCAUGGGUGCAGCAGGCGUGUACUACGUCAUGGUGACGGCCCUCCUCUCCACUGCCAUGGGGAAGAAGCAGCUGAGGACGCUCAAAUACUGGGUGCUGUGGACGGUGCUUUGGACCGGGUUCUGGGCAGUACAGGUCUGCGUCUGCCUGUCACGAGUCUUCAUUGCCGCCCACUUCCCCCAUCAGGUCAUCGCGGGGGUCAUCUCAGGGAUGGCUGUGGCCAAGACCUUCCAGCACGUCCACUGCAUCUACCAUGCCAGCCUCCGCCGGUACCUGGGCAUCACCUUCUUCCUCUUCAGCUUCGCCCUGGGCUUCUACCUGCUGCUGCGGGUGCUUGGCGUGGACCUGCUCUGGACGCUGGAGAGGGCGCAGAGGUGGUGCGCCCACCCCGAGUGGGUCCACAUCGACACCACCCCCUUUGCCAGCCUCCUCCGUAACCUGGGCAUCCUCUUCGGGCUGGGGCUGGCCCUCAACUCCCACAUGUACCUGGAGAGCUGCCGGGGGAAGCAGGGCCGGCAGCUGCCCUUCCGCUUGGGCUGCGUUGCCACCUCCCUCCUCGUCCUACACCUCUUCGAUGCCUUCAAGCCGCCCUCCCACAUGCAGCUGCUUUUCUACGUCCUCUCCUUCUGCAAGAGUGCAGCCGUGCCGCUGGCCACCGUCGGCCUUGUCCCCUACUGCGUCUCCCAGCUCCUGGCCACGCAGAAGAAAGCUGUCUAG